UUCGAGCGAUCACUCAUCAAAACAUCGGAGAAGGCUUUAAUUGCCCCGAAGCAUUACCAAAAAAGGAGGUUUCUGUAGAAGCUCAUUAUCGAACAAUCAACCAAGAACCAGAAGCCCAAGAGCCCGAGCCAAAAAAGGAGGAAACAU